UCACGCCCAGCGCAGGUAGAGCAGGUAGAUCAGGUUACAGACGGUAACGUCAGGCCCGCUGAGAGCAGGUGCUGGAUGUGACAAGCGUCCGCGGUUGGAGAGCAGAUACCGGGGAAUGCUCGGCAGGUGACCGUCAGCAGUCUCCACCAGUCGGCCCCCCCACCCCACCCCCCGUCGCUGAUCCGGCCUCUCGCCGCCCCAACCAAGAUGAAGCUCACGGUCGUCGUGGUCUGCCUGAGUGUGGCCGUCAUGACCGUCCUGAUUUACCAGGCCCUGCGCCAGGAGGUGGACCUGCGCCGUCAGAAAACCCUCUUGGUGGACAACUCGGCGGAGGUCAAGAGGAAAGAGAUGGCCAUCGUCGAGGCGAAGAAGACAAUCCAGCAGCUGAAGGCCUCGCUGGGCACCAUCAACGAAGAUAUAGAGGGGCUGAAGAAGAAGAAGGAAGAGAAUGACAAAGCAGCACAGGAGUUCGAGCAAGGUCUGAAGACCUGUAACUCAGAGAAGGAAGAUGCAGAUAAGAAGAAGACAGAGGUGUCAGCGGCCAUGGAUAAACUCAAAACUGAUCAGGAAGAGGCAAAAAAGAAGGCUGAGCAGGAUAUUCAGGGCUUGAAACAACAGAUCCUGGAUAGAGACAAAGCUAUUUGUGCCUUUGUAGACACGACAAAGGAAGAAGCACGGAAGCUGUGUGGAAUCGCUGAAGCUCCCAAAUAAAGUCAUCUCAGAAAACUCAACAUUGACUUGGAACUUUUUUUAAAGAAGGAGCGUGCAGUGCAUACAUGGAUACAUUUUGUAAUAUCACUGAGAUUAUAGCUCUGAUUAUUUCUUACAUCUAUCCAUAGGACAGAUGGCUGAGACAGGGAGUGGGGAAAUAUGUUGCAAAUGUUUUGUUAAAAAAAUAAAAUUGAGUUUGUCUUUU